AACACACAAAAAAGAAAAAGAAAAGAAUGUCGUUCUUCUUCUUUCCCGAGAUCGAUUUCUCAUCCCCUCUAUAAAAUUCUCAGGAAAAGAAAAAUUCUCUAUAAAUUUGCUCUCCAGAAAUUUCACUGGUGGAUUUCAAUGGCGAGUUUUUUCAGGGUUCGUAGAAACUCUGAUAAUGAAUCUGUAGGAGGGAAAAUGUCACGAGGUAGAAGAAUUGUGAAUUACUCUCCAUAUGCUCGACCUUCUCCUUCUCCUGCUCCUGCUGCUUCUUCAUCGUCUCAGUCUACUGAAAUUACUAAGAAUGGUUGGUUUUCUGGAUUUGUUGUUCCGGCAUCUCGUAUGAUAGCUAGCGGUGCUGGGAAGAUAGUUUCAACUGUUUUUGGUUCUCAAGAUUCUCAUUCUUCUUCUGAUAAUGAUAGUGAUGGUGACGACGACGAGGAUAUUGAUUCCAUUGACGAGAGUGAUAGUGAUGACAACAAUGACCAUAUUUCACAACGGUCAGAUGGUAUAAAUCAGAACACCAUAGAAUCACAUGGAACAAAGUUCCUUGAGAGGCAGCCACUAGCAGUUGCGCAAAGGAGUGAAUCCAAGCUUCAAAUUGAACGGUUACUUAUGCAAGAAACAUUUUCAAGGGACGAAUGCAACAGAUUAACAAAGAUUAUUCAAUCACGAGUUGUCGAGAGCCAUGCCUCUAGGGAGGGUGGAAAUGCUAGUCGAGGUGCUGCACAAUUUGGUGAAGAAGGUCGGAAAUCAAAUUCGUAUUUGGGCUAUGGUGUCGAUUCUCUUUCUUCUGGGCCUCUUGCUCUUCACUAUGCAGCUAUAAUGGAGUCUAAGAAAUGGUUGGAGGAGAAGAAGUCCGAGUCAUCUCCAAAGUUGGAAAAUAGCCCUCUAGCCCUCACUGCUAGUCCUUCUAAUAAGUACAUAAAUGUCACUGAAGGGGAAGUGGGUUCUCCUGUGCUGAUGGCGAAGACGUAUAUGAGAUCCAGGCCUCCUUGGGCUUCUCCAUCAUCAAGCCAUGUUGGAUUCAGAACACCGUCACCUAUUCGGAUGCCUCUAGUUAAGGAGGAGACCCCUAUUAGUGAUCGUUCUGUAUUUUCAUCAAAGUUCUCCAGAAGAAGCCCUCUUGCCAACGAUUCACAGGAGAUCCUUGCUGAAUUAAGAAGAGUGCGUUUGAAGUCAGAAGAAGCUAUGCUUCUAUCAGAUUCAUCUAUUUAUAUUCAAACAUCUGCAUCAGAGUCGGGCCAUAAAGAUGGUCGUACUGCCUCAAGAGAUGGGGAGCAUUCAAAUGUUGAACUAACUACAAAAUCAAUUGAUUCUGCUGCUAUGAUGAUGGAAAAUGAUGGGCUAGCAAUUGAAAUUACUUCCUCUGUCCCAGCCGUGAUUCUGUCAAAUGAAAAUCAGGAUUUGGAGGAUCCCCGCUUUAAGGAAUCGGUGGAAGAAACAGCUCGCGUUAACAACACAUCCGAAGUGGAAUACAGAGACGAUUCAAAACUGCCAGGAGGUUCAAGUCCAUUGAAGGAAAUUGAUGGAACAACUGAAAGAAUUACUGCUAAUGGUGCUCCUCCAUUGGCAUCAAGUUUGUCUGCAGGAUUGAAUGUAGGACCAGAGAAUGAGGGGUCAAGUGAGAGUAGGUUGGGAAUAGGCCUUAUGCCAUUGGAAGAAGAGACGUGUGAGCCUUUAAGCAAAGCUUCAGUUGAGAUUCCAAGUGACAAUGAUGAAGAAAUAGAUAGUGGUGCCACUGGCCCUGAUACUAGUUCAAGCAGGCACUUGAUUGAAAAUGAACCAACUUCAAGGAAGUUAAACCGUACUUUGGUGGGGAAGCAACUGCAAGAGGAAAAGAAAAUUGGAAAAUACAGCAGAAGAGGCAGAGGGAGAGGAAAAUCACAAGCGUAACAAAAACUCAUAUGCAUUGUUUCAUCAGCCUGAUUUGUAAUAUUAUUAUUCAAUGUACACUAGUAGAAGCGUAGAACUAAUUGGUAGGAGGAAAUGGCGUGUGUUGUAUUUUAGGUGGGUUUCACUAGGUUUGUUGUGACUGACAUCAUUUAUUCAUGUUCUUUGAAGGGGUGAAAAAUACUAGAGUGGAGUUUAAAUUCGUAUGUAGAAUUCCACGUAUUGGUUCUGUAAAAGUCAAUUCUGCGAUGUAAUGAGAGAUUAGUAGAGGAUGCUGCUUGUUGAUGCUAACUUGACAGUUGAUUUCACGUUUAACCAAGUUUUUGCUA